AUGAAGAGUAGAUAUCAAAAAUGUCUGUCAAAAAUUAACAAGCUUUAUCUUAUACUUGCUGAAUCCCAAAGUGAGGAACUCAAGAAUUACACCCCUUCAACGCCAAUGACACCGAUAUCGCCCACUACUGGAGAAAUGAUGACCAAGACGGAAAAUACGGUUACCAUCAGCAUGAAGAUGACAAUAACGAUGACUACCUAG